AUGAAUUUUGAAUUUGAGAGGGAGAUUGGGUUUAUAAACAGCCAGCCAUCGCUCGCCGAGUGUCUGACUUCCUUCCCCGCUGUCUUGGAGACAUUUCAAACUUCAUCAAUCAAGGAGUCGACAUUAAUUCCUCCUCCUCCUCCUUUCGAGCAAACCUUCCCCAGCCUGCAGCUCGGCGCCUCCACCCUUCAGAGACCCGGGAGCCAAGAGCAAGCCGAACAUGGGCCUGCCCUGCAGCCGCUGCCGCCGCUCCCCGCCGCCCCCCCAGCCCCCGAGUUCCCCUGGAUGAAAGAGAAGAAGCCGGCCAAGAAACCCAGCCAAUCCGCCACGUCUCCUUCCCCGGCCGCCUCCUCCGUCGCGGCCUCCGGGGUCGGAUCGCCUGCAGACGGUCGGGGACUGCCGGAGGGCGGCGGCGGGGCGCGCAGGCUGCGCACGGCUUACACCAACACGCAGCUGCUGGAGCUGGAGAAGGAAUUCCAUUUUAACAAGUACCUGUGCCGACCGCGGCGCGUCGAGAUCGCGGCCUUGCUGGACCUCACCGAGAGGCAGGUCAAAGUCUGGUUCCAGAACCGGCGCAUGAAGCACAAGCGGCAGACUCAGCACCGAGAGCCGCCGGACGGGGAGCCAGCCUGCCCGGGCGCCUUGGAGGACACCGGCGACCCCGCCGAGGAGCCCGCGCCCAGCCCAGGCGGCCCCUCCGCCUCGCGGGCGGCGCGGGAAGCCUGCUGUCACCUGCGCGAGGUCGCGCCGGGGCUCCCGAGCGCCCCGGGCGCACGGCCGUUGGCUUCUCGCUUGGAGGGGGCGGGCGCGCCGAGCCCUGGCUGCGCGCUGCGCGGGGCCGGCGGGCUGGAGCCUGAGCCAUGGUCAGAUGACGCCUUCCCGGAGCCGCAGGGUUCGCCUUUCCUGCCCGACCUCAACUUCUUCGCGGCCGAUUCCUGUCUCCAGCUCUCCGGAGGCCUCUCCCCCAGCCUGCAGAGCUCGCUCGACAGCCCGGUCCCCUUUUCCGAGGAAGAGCUGGACUUCUUCACCAGCACGCUCUGUGCCAUCGACCUGCAGUUCCCCUAACCCGCUUUCUCCUCCCGGCCCUUUCGA